CUCGUGUCGUGAGACAAACUCAGUCCACUGUGCACAAUCCAAGGAUUUAAAACAGAACGAUUUUUAAAACACAUGAUGGGCUUGUGUGUGUUUCAAGUGUUUAUUGGAUUAAUUUUACUGCAGAUUUGCAAAAUCUCAGAAUGUCAUAAAAUAGAAGUGACCCCUGAUUCGGGCACCAUCGUAAUCUUCAGCAAGAAGCCAGGACAGGGUCUGGAUUGUAGUGUGUGUAAGGAUGAAGGUCCAUCUCAGACCUGUAACUCCAACCUCAGACUUACUGAAGCUAAGCCCACUGUCGUGACUUUUAACUGCGCUCAGCCAGGGGACGUCUUCACUGUGGAGAUCAAUCAAGAUAUAGAUUGCUCAACAGGAGACUGCAGCAUCAUUGCAGUGCAUCCAGAUUUGACCCGAUUCCUGGAGUUCACCAGAACAUUCACCUGGGAUCUGAAGGUUCAGUCAGGCAGGAUGUUGCAGCUGGACUUCCCAUCUCCAGGAAUGAGACAGAUCAAGCCUUCAGAAUCCUGUCCAGACAAACACACCUACACCAUCAUCACAUACCAGCGAGCAGGACCGGCCAACAUCGGCACGUUCUGUCGGAAAGGUACCAUCAGUCGUAUUCAGGUCUUGUAUAGAGGUCGAGUGAUUCUGGAGGUUCCCAAAGGUACAGCCCUGAGCCCAUCUGACUUCAAAGUGACCAUGGGACCAACAACAACAGCACUAGUGGAGGUGGACGUCAAGCUGCCCAGAGGACCGUUUUCUGCUGAUUUUUUUACACCAAACUAUGCCGCAGGCUGGUACAAUGAAGAAAACAUCAAGUGGAACUUUGCUGUUAAGCCUAUGCACAAUUUUACUGUACACUUUCAACAAUACACUCCACCAGAAUGCCAAAAGAAAACUGUUGCAUGUGAUUAUGCACUGCGAGACAAGCCUCGAUUCUCAAAGGUCCCAACAGACGCUCAACCGACCAAUGAACAGGGAAAUUUCAGUCUGACUCUGGCCAACUGUGAAGCAAAGACAGGAGCGAAUGUUCCUGGGCUUUCCUUGCACUUAAACGUGGAGGUGUUCAGGAGUGGGACUCCAUAUCUUUGCACUGUGGAUCUCCGAAAAAAGGAGGGAUUGAGUCUGCAAAUAGAAAAUAAAAACCCGGCGUCGUACUGUGAAAUGAGCAUGAACUCUGUGAUGCAGGAGAAAAUAGUGGUUCCUGCUGGCACCAAAGCUGACCUGUCCUUCCUCGACUGUCCCGUGCAGGAUCUGCUGCUGACAGCAACCAAAGUCAUAGACUGUCCCAGUGUGUCUGCCCCUGAUCCCCUGCCCGGGAUGUCCCUUACCAUUUCCCCUCUGGAUCCUAGCCUUCCUGUUCCCCUCCAUCAGUUCACCUGGCUGCUCCGUGUGCGGGAUCAAGACACCGUGGAUCUCAUGGCUCCAAAAGGAAACCUGCACCAGUCUCUACCAGACAAGCAGUGUAACGAGAGAGUCUCGCUGCUCAUAUCUGAGACCGAGGGCUCACACAUUGGCCAGUUUUGCUCUACAGCUAAAGGCACUAUCCAGAAAAUCCAAAUCAAAGGAAACAUUUCCAUCACCAUAACUCCUAAAAAUAUAAAAGACCUGAGCCAGGAGAAAGGACCUUUCUUAAGAGUCGGCAUUAGUCCGGAGAUCACUGAAAAUGUAAUCUACACUGUAUCUCCUCUCAUUUCGGGACCUUUGUACCUUGCAACACCAAACUGGCCUGACGGCAUGAAUCCUUCCUCAUCUGCAUCAUGGAUCAUCAGUGUUCCCCAAGACUAUAAGGCCGAGCUGCUGUUCACCGACGUCAGCAAGCCCAAAUGCGACGCAGGGCACACUGAGGUCUUGAUCGGACCGCUGGAUUCUCAAGGCCAAACGCAGGAAUGGAAAGAAGAUCCGAGUUUCCCCAGCUCUGUCGUCCAGCAGCAGAGCUUCUACCUGAACAUGUCCAACUGUGAGCCCAAGAGCGACCGCUUUGCUGUGCUCUUAAAGAUCAGGAUAAUGCAGGGAUUUCCCCUUUUUUGCCAGCCAAACUCCCUAAAAUAAAAUAUUUACUUGAAAUAUCAUCAUUUUAUAAUGUUGAUACAAAAAACUGGAAUACAUUUUUUUCUUUCUUUG